AUGACGACACCCGAGUGGCGCACCGUGCUCGAGCAGCAGCUGAAGCAGCACGCCAAGAGCAGCGUGUACUCGUUCGCAACGGCGAGUCCGGCUCCACACGUGCGCUACGUCGUGCACCGCGAGUUCUCACCCUCUCAUCUCCUCCUAACCACGACGGACCGGCGCAUGGCCAAAGCGCGGCAGAUGGAGCACGGCGCCGCCAUCGCGUGGCUCUUCCCCUCGCUCGUGCAGGUCCGGCUCGAGGGAAGGAUGAUCCUGUAUCCCUCCCCUAUCCCAUUCCCGAACCCGCCGGCGACAACAGCAGAAGAGGACGCCAAGACUCUCGCGGACUCUUUCCCGAAAGACGCACCCGAGUCCGACCCGCAGUGGUGGGAGAAGAAACGGAAGGAGCUUUGGGACGGCCUCAGUCCUGAGCUUAGGGCGAGCUUCUGUCGACCCAAGCCCGGGGCGGAGCUCAAGGAUGACCCGAACAACUGGAUCGACGAACUGGUGAGUUACGAGAAGACCAAGGACGCCCUGGCCCGCGCAUGGGAGAACUUUGCCGUGCUCGCCCUCCAGCCCGAGAGCGUCGAGGUGCUCGACCUCGGCUCCAAGCCGCACAAGCGCACGCAGUGGACGAGUGCGACGGAUGCCCCGCGGAAGACCGAGGUCGUCCCGUAA